AUGAGAGCCUACCAACUGCAGAAACUGGUCAAGAAUAUCGACGAGCUGGAAAUAGUGGAAACCCCGGAUCUUCGUCCACAUCCUGACAAAUACCUCAUCAAAGUACAUGCUGCAGCCAUCAAUUUCUUCGACAUCCUCCAAAUCCAAGGGAAACACCAGGACAAACCGCCAUUUCCAUGGAUCGCCGGUAAUGAGUUCGCCGGCGAGAUUUUGGCCGUCCCCACUCGCGGUGGCGCCGACGUGCCCAAACUCCGAUUCCGGAAAGGAGAUCGCGUCUUCGGUGCCGGCCUAGGCGCCUUCGCCACCAUGAUCCAGGCGUCCGAGGCCAACUUGAGACCAGUGCCGAAAAACUGGACCUACGUCGAAGCAAGCAGCUUGUUCUAUACUGCGCCGACGGCUUAUGCAGCCCUUGUCAUGAGAGCGCAUGCGAAGAAAGGCGACCAUGUGCUGAUUCAUGGUGCCGCCGGAGGGGUUGGUCUCGCAGCCGUCACAAUCGCCAACGCCUUGGGUAUGACCGUCAUUGCAUCGGUGGACACGGAAAAAAAGCGCGACAUUGUCAAACGAUUCGGCGCUCAUCAUGUCGUCGAUUCCAAAGGUGACUGGGAGCCAAAGGUGAAGAGCUUGACACCUAAUGGUCGAGGUGUCGAUGUCGUCAUUGAUCCUCUCGGCAUGAUUGCCCGCUCCUUGAAAUGUAUCCGAUGGGACGGACGCUUGUGUAUCGUGGGUUUUGCCGCCGGUGGAAUCGAGAACAUUCCCACGAACCGAUUGCUGUUGAAGAACGUCAGCCUCUCUGGCUUGUUCUGGGGCCAGUAUGCCAAGGAGGACCCUCAGAGUGUGGUUGAAGCGUGGGACAAGCUGUUUGAAAUCAUCGACACCGGCUUGAUCGUCCCGUUGAACUACAUGGAGAAGCAAUUCAAGGGCUUGGAGCAAAUCUCCGAUGCAAUGAAGCUGCUGAGUACAGGAACUGCUUGGGGAAAGAUCGUAGUCGACAUCAGUGAGAAUGAGAAUGGGAAGACUAAGCUGUAA